CUCAUCUUCUGUUAGAAUUUUUCCCGACGUCUACAGGUUUUCGUUUCAGGCGGAAAAGCUAGAAGCUAAAAUUACGAGGGUACCAGUUCUCGUACGCUAAACGAAGUUUUUUAGCACAAGAAAUAACAAAAAUAAGAGCACUAUGUCAAAAACAACUAGCACGACAAGACCUACUAACUUGUACUUCUAGAGAGAAGCAAGAAAAAUGAUCUCUGUCGCUCGCAACCGUUUGAACCAGGAACUUCGUGAGCUGAAGAAGGACAAAGAUCCAGACAUAAGCUUGCGCCCAGACGAGAAUACCUCAGAAAUAUGGCACGGUCACGUCAUAGGUCCUAAGGAAACGCCUUUUGCGGAUGGCCGAUUCCGACUGAGGAUACAGAUUCCGCCAUCGUAUCCCCUCGCCGCGCCCAAAAUAUGGUUCAAGACGAAAAUCUUUCAUCCUAACUUAUGGCCCAUGAUCUUUGUAAGUAAUUAGCAGUACUUGCUUUCCUCAGGAGACAGGUUCUAGUAAAGGGAACCAAAAGGAAAAGGCUUUACUUUUGUAUGGUUCUGGUAUUUGGUAACCUGAAUUUGAUCAUAAGGGUUCUCUUCUUGUUUUCCCUUAUGAUCAAACUUCUCAGGUUACCAAAUACCGGAACCAUUCAACUUUAGCCCUAGGUCUAUUAGGAUGUCCUUUCUCACACGCUGUUGCUGGAUUCAUUGAGGAAACACCAUUUCGACUGUCUAAUCAACGUCCAUUUCGACUCGGGAGAACUGUGUCUUGACAUUUUGAAGACCGAUUGGUCACCAGUCUGGUCUCUACGAACUGUGAUGCGCGCAAUAAUAGCACUUUUAGCAGAACCGAACGCGGACUCGCCGCUCAAUUGCGAUGCGGGAAAUUUGCUGAGAGCAAACGACGUUUUGGGGUUUAACACAUUAGCGAGGAUGUACACAGUGGAGCACGCAAUAAAUGGGGUGGGGAAUGAAGAAGAUGAAGACGGAGAGGGUGGUGAAUAGUACAUAGUAAGCAGUUUCGACUCGUUGGUCAGGUUGAUGGUCACGCUUUCUCCUGUCGAACUCAAAUAGCCCAGUCCUGCUACGGAGUAACCCUCUGAUUCCAAGACCAUCCGCUGACACGGCCAGUUCGCCUUCCCUACUGCCAUGUUAAACAGGAACGAU